CUGUUCACUGAUCACAACAUCCAAUUGUGUAAACGGCUAGGCGAUGAAGAUUGCGGAGUAUGCAUGGGCAUCGUUGGUCAUGACAAUGACAUCUUUCAUCUUCAUCCGGUCAUUCAAAAAAGGCAGGAUGUCGGAAAAGCUCCUAUCACACUUGAUCACAUCCUCUCCCAUGACUUUGCAGGCCACAUCUCGCGGCGCCAACGCUAUUUAAUCGCUCUUCUUGUUGCUUCAUCGGUAGGACAACUCCAAUUUACGCCCUGGCUACGAACUGGUCUCUGCAAGGAGGAUAUCAUUUUCUUCCCUUCCAACGACGACAGCCCCAUCGUUCCGUACGGCGAGCCUUUCAUCCGACAGAACCAUCACCUGCGCAAGAAGCACCCAUCAACCACCGAUGCUGCAACCAAACAUGCUUUCGACGUAAUGGCUGCGUUAAGGUGGUCCAGCAGCGUAAGCGGCGAAGGCGGAGACGAUUAUGCGACAGCUGUCAAGUGGUGCUUCACGGGCGUAACAGACACACAAAAGAAUUGGAGAGGUGAAAUUGUUGCGAAUGUGGUACGACCGUUGGAAAAAUGUAUGGAUCACUUCCAGGCUGCGGCUGUU